UCAUGGCUGACGACGCUUUGGAGAGAAAUGACCUCUUUUUUUGGCAAAAAUUCCACAAUGAGUUUCCGAAUUUACUCAUACAGAGCAUGGUUAUUUCCCGUAUUUAGAUAGGUGCCAGCAGUUAGCCAGCAUGGUGAAUAUUCAGACAUUAGUUUUCUUGGAUCUGGAGGCAACCGGCCUCCUGUCCCCGAUCCACAAACCUAAGAUCACAGAACUGACAAUGAUUGCGGUGCACUGCAGUGAAUUCCUGCAGGCUCACCUCGGGAGUAACAUGCCAAGGAUCAUAAACAAACUGACCCUUUGCUUCAACCCGAGGAAGGCUAUCACACCAAAGGCAAUGGAAAUGACAGGUCUGUACAGUGAUUCAUUAGAGAACCAAUCAGAUUUUGACAAAGACGCCGUGGCCCUAAUCGAUGUGUUCCUGCGUCGACUGGCGCCACCUAUUUGCUUCCUUGCUCACUGUGGGAACAGAUUCGAUUACCCGCUUCUAAAAACGGAAAUUCUCAACGUUGGAUCCGAACUGACUGCUGAUAUUGUCUGUGCGGACACGUGGGAAAUGUUCCAAUCGUUAGACAAUCGUGCAUACAUUCCAAUGGCAUGGAGCAGGAAAUCAGUAAUGUCACAUGACCUAGCCACAGCCAAUGGCGUUGUCUCAUCAAAGUGUGACGUUGUGACUUUAAAACAAACAGACAAUCUGAAAAAGAGACAUUCCCAGUCCAGUCUGCAAUCAGACGAAAAACCUAAUUCAUCUGCAUGUAAUGUGUCGCCUUCUACCUCCAAAGGAAAGAAUGAGGACAGUCAGAAAAUCGGGUGUUCAAAAUCAGACACAAAAUCAAAUAAUAUAAUGAAUUGUAAACCUAAUUUCUUAAGCAGUAAUACCUCACUUUCGUUACUGUGUGGUGGUGAUUUCAAAAGUUUGACUGCAAAGCGUGUCGAACAUCCAGACAGCGGUUCAGCCGAGGCUUUGUGUGCAUGCGAAAGUCCGGUGCAGGACUGCAGUGAGACUGUAAUCAGAUCAGGUGGCACCAGCCCAAAAGUAGAAUGUUUUACUAAUAAUGACGGUAGUACAAGUAGGUUGUGUAGCCCAUACGCAGAAGGAAACAAUAACGCUGUAUUCAGUACAAAACCAGCCACGAAAUCAUCAAGUCCUGCUGGAAGCAAAAUAAGUGAUACAAAAGGGAAUGGCGUGCGGAAAAUUACAAGUUUUUCGAUCAAAGACAUUGUCACAAGUGAUAAAUCUGAUUCAUUAUCAGGAGAGUCCAGUCCUCCAGCUAUUGUUUCAAGCGGUUUGACUUAUCGGGGUUCAAGUCCCCCAGCUCUUCUAUCUACUGUGAAUAGCAAAAGUCCAAGUUCGCCUACAAAGACUAGUCUGAUGCGACCUGGUUCGGCAAAAAGCUUGGAUGCAGAAGUUGCAGGGGUAUCCAAUGAAAAUUUAGACUCUGUAAAUAAUAACAGUGACAAGUCUUCAAAAGGUGAGAUGUUACUGAUAAAAGGAGAGAAAAGUGAGACGAAGGGUGUUGAACCUAGUGAGUGUGGCAGUACUGGUACCCUUGGACAAUCUGCCCAGAACUCUGUGUAUGUAAAUAGUGGCACUUCUGAGAACUCGGUUGCAGGACCCAAUGGUGAGAAAAAGGUGCAGAUUCGUAAGCCUGCAAAAAAGCGGUUCAGUCGUGGACAUGACGCUCUUAAUUUUGACAGUCCGGAUUUGAAUAGCAAGGUUGAUUCUGUAAAAACAGAUGCCUCCCCAAAAUCUAAAACUCCCGAAAGUGUGUCAUCAGUGAAUGCUGUGCCGCAGAUUUCUUCUGGGGUAUCGGAAGGUGUAAUCGCGUCCACAUCAAAUUCAGCUGCAGAUCACCAGGGGAGAUGCCAGACCCCAGAAUCAAAUCUCAUAUCCGCAUCUCUGCGUAGCUGCCCACGCAGUCCAACAAAACGAAAACCGUCAGAUUCAAUUGAACAUGACAAUGGCAUCAGUCAAGCGAAGAAAGUAAAGAAGAAACUGUUUGAAAGCGAUAGUGCAAGUGUACGUGAGUUGGUCCAUGCGGCGAGUAACUCGCCUGGUUCUGAUUCGGGUGCCGAACCUGUGAGUAGCUCUCAGGGUAAUAAUGGCGAUGCAGGCAAUAACAAACCACGGCUGGAGUCUCUUGGGACCAUCAUUUACUGGCAUGAUUACUUUACUGAGGAAUUCUUUAAGGAGAGUUUGGAGAUGGAGGACUGUCUCCAUCCAAAACCUGACUCAUCUUCGAGUUCUCGGGAAGCUGCUCUUAACAUGGAAAAAAGACAGAAUUUAGAUGUAAAAAGACCUCAGACUUUGAGUGCCAAUGUGGACAAUGCUGUGAAUAGUAAUCCAGUUGCUGCGGAACACAGCUCAGCUUUCAAACCCCAGGACUCCCUUGCAGCAAACCCAGUCUUGCGAAGUGCAUUGACAGCGCCGUUAAACUUGAGCUUGAAGGAUCGUGAUGAGCUGGACGUGACGUCAAGUCAUUCGAACAGCGCCCAAGCCAAGUCACCUGAACAUGACAAUCAAAACACCUCACAGAGACUUGCCACUACACCUAAGAGCCAUGGCAAUACAUCUCAAAGAGAAGACAAAGCAGUUGAUAUCCUGCCUCAUGCCAAAGUCUCCUAUAGUCAACGAGAAAUCUACAGACGAGUGUUUGGGAUAUACCCGCCAAUAUCCCAUAGGUCGGAGGAUGAUUGUAUCACGUUGAUGCAGAUCGUUCAAACUGUGGCACCAAAGGCUGCCAUAUGGUUAGAUGUUAAUUCUUGUCCAUUUCGCCAGGUAGAGCCACUUUAUACACGCAAAUAGGUCGGUUCGGAGAGGAGAGAAUAUGAAGGUCAAGGUCUUUCUCAGUUGAUGCCUGACCAGUCGAGGGCAAAUUUGUAAAUAAUUUUUCAGAAGACAGAAUGCCCCCUUAUCAGGUUGAGAAAAUCAGUGCCAAAGUUCAAAUUCCUUUCUAUAGUUUUAAAAGCAUACCCUUAUGGUUCAAAAUUCAUAUGGUUUGCGCGCACGUAUCUAUGUACAUCCAUAUGAACCAUGAGUGAAAAUGAUAUUGGACAAUUGCAGGACUGUGGUUUGUCUAUGUAAAAAACAAUGUCUGGUCUAUCUUAUCUGCAUUGUUUAUCUGAACAAAUUUUGUGCUGGACCAUGACCUUUUAUUUAUGAAUAAUGUGCAUGUACCAAUUUAUAUAUAUCUGUAGUUUCCAUAUACAUUAAUUUCUUCCAGAACAAAUUGCAGGUUAAACAUUGUGGCCAUACAUCCUGUAAAUCAGUCAUAAAUUUCUCAAAUUGUUUUAGUUAAAAACAUUAUAAUUCCUAUCACUUGAGAUAAGACUAGACAAUUAGAGUCUUCAACUGAUGAUGAUGAGAAAGAUAAUGGUGUGAAAAAAAUGAUUGCCUUAUGACUUUUUCAUCUCAGUAAAGUUCAAACUUUCAUUGAGCACUGCAGAUUUCAAAUCAAUUGAGAAAGACCUUGCCCUUGACCUAGUUUAAUGAUGUGGCACGAGGAGGUGUCAGUUGUUCACCUAUUUAUUUUGUGAUAUAUAAUAAAAAAAUCAUGUAUAUAUUGAAUGCAUUAUCAGGUAAUCAAAAACAACCCAUUUUAGAUUUCAAUUGCAUUGUGUUUGGCAUGAAGUGAGGAAAGAUCAAGUAUAGAUUUGAAAUACAUAUUUGGAAAGAUGUAUAUUUUGUGUGGAGAUGGUUCAUUCAUAUGGGGGAAAAUUAGGAAGAGCGAAAGCAUUUGAAAUAUAAAAUGGGUUGGUUUCGAACCGCUUUUCUUCACGGUAAUAAAAAAUAUUUCAAUAUUUUAGGAUGCCCUGUCGAAUGUUAUUACAAGUUGUAUAGAUUGAUGAAAUGUAUGAACACAUAAUGUAGAUUCAGUGUUGGAAAGAAUCACUGGAAUUAACAGCUUACAUGUGUAUAAAAAUUCCCAAAUCCUUCUCAAGUAUUGCUGAACUAUCUGAAUGGUCAGUUUAUAAGUGCUGAUCAGAGUUAGCCAAACAUAACGCUUUCGACAUACCAUUUUGUUAUCACGAUUUUCAGUGAUUCUUUCCAAUCCAGGUUUGCCUGAGAAAGUUUACCUGGCAUUGUAACUGCACUUCCAGAUUUUAGUUUUUACACAUAAGUUACAGAAAUUGUUGGAAUCUUGCUGUUUUAUAACUGUACAAAACUUCUUUAUAUUGACUGUUUCCAGCUGUUCCACAAAAACUUUGUCUAAAAGAAACUGUUCAUUUUACAAAUUCUGCUUUUGCAGUGGGGUGGGGUUAUUUUAACUCUACAUGCUGAGAAAGUAUUUAUGAUUUUAAUGAUCUUGAAGGAUAUUCCCAUUGUCAAUUGUCCUUUUCUGGCAAGGUCGGUUUUUGUUUUGGUACUUUUUAUCACCGACUUGAAAAUCUGUUUGUCCUCAAACCACUAAUACAUUUUAAUACGCCACUUCUGAUGAUUUUCGUCCUUUGCUGGCUCUGUUAGCUGAUUGGUCAGUUAUGCGCGGAUAUUGGAAUCAGGUGAAUUAAAAGUGGUUUAAAGCAAUCACCAAAAACUGAUUUGAGAUGUAGACAGCUCGAAUACAGCAACAUAUGUAGUCAUUGGGCCAAACAGUGUCCGCUGACACUCUGAAAUCCAACUUCCCACAUGGAGAUGGCACCUCGUUCAAAAUAUCACCUAUUGUCAACAGUACAUCUGUCGCUGACUUGAAGUAUUCAGUGAUCAUGAAGGGACAGGUGCAGACAAUUAACUGUCACAACGGCGCCAGUUUUUCCUUGUAUGCAAUUUCAACGAGUGUGUAACUUCUGUUGUAGUGAAAAGGGAAUGAUGGUGGGCUGGGUGGCAGUCCCUAAUUGAGACCCUUAACUGGAAAAAUCAGUUUCAGGUCCCAAAUUAUGGGUGAUGUAGUAUACAAAAUGGACCAUUCUACUUCUAACCCUCUAUGGUGACACGUAGAAUCAUACAUGUAGAAUCCCUUUCCCAUCAAAAUGAAGUUUCCAGAUCACAACCUUUUGAAAAUGUUGGCUUUCUGCUUGGAACUUCAUUGUUUUAUAGCCGGUCAAAAAUGAUAUUAGUAAAUGGAAUUUUUAACUACUCAUUCAUAUUUUCAGUUUUCUUUGGUUCUCAUGUAGUUCUUAGUCCAUAUGAACUUCAAAUAGCUAUUUUGUAUUCCAAGGCAUAGUCAUGACAAAUUUAAAGGCCAGUUAAGUUUGAGAUAGUGUGUGCUCAAAAUAUUUUGAAAUCAAAAUAUCUUUCAAAUGGAACAUUUUAUAAUCAGCCAUUCGGGGGAAAGGCCAAAGUGGAAUCAGCUCUUAAAACUUCUUCCUUGAACAUACUUUAUUUUUCACUUAAAAACUUUGGCAUGACAUUUUGGGCAUCUUACUCAAAAUUGUAAUACUGACACGAUCAGUUCUGUUUUUUGUGUGUGGUUAUGAAAGGAACUAAUGAAGAAGUAACUUUGACGGUUAUUUGUGUCUGACUGAUUUUCAAACCGUCCUGCACCAAUCCCCUGACUUAUGUAGCUAAUUGGUCUCACUCUAACUAUCCAAAAGAGUAUUAGAUAAUUCCAAAGUUUUGUUUUCGAUACUUUUAGAGACAAGGAUCAGAAAAUCAUGAGUUAUCAUUUUGUAAUGCAUGUCUCAACCAAUUUAAAAAAAAAUCUUUCUCUUUCGUCCAACUUCUUGUACUGAAAUGAUAGUUGAAUUUUUGACAGCUUUGACAAUCUGUCCAUUAAGUGUCGUCUUUUGUAGUAAGAAGCAUGUACGUCUUGCAUGUAAACAUUGUGUUAUGUGUUUUAGCUGAAAAUCUGAAAAGACAGGGCAGAAAAGGGAACAGCCUGAAGAGGCAGGGUGCAGUAUCCUGAUGGAAAUGCAAUAGCCACUUGUGAAAAAGGUGGGGCAAAAAAAUAAAAUUGAGAAAAGACUUGGUGCUGCACCCUACAAGAACUCUUUAGCUGAAACAGUAAUGUUGGGUCUGUUUAGAUUUUGAUGUGACUUCAACUGUUAGAAUACUGCUGGUGUUUUCGUCUUGGAAGCGAAUCUUUCGUCUUGGAAUCUUGAAUAUUGUACAUGUAAGCGAAAAGACAUUGGCUCAUGCCAGUUUGAGAGAAAAGUACCCAAGAUGUUGUCCAUUCUGUACUUUACCAAGACCCCUGCAGUAUAAUAUUCUUAAACAUUGAAGGCCACAUAGAUUUGAAAAGGUUUUGGAGUGAAAUGUUGUACAGGUCUAGUCAGGUUGUUUGUGUUUGAAUUUUUGUGCUAGUACCUAGGUAAGUUUUAAAAAAAACAUGAGUGUUCAUAUCUAAAUAGAUGAUUUAUCUUUAAAGAGAAAUCCAGAUAAUUUUCUUUGAAAAAAUGAAUGGUGAACUUUAUUUCUAAUAAUUGUAACACAUCUGAAUAACUGGCAAUGUUUUAUUGCAUUUGAAACAUGAGUAGUUUGUUUUCAUCAUGAUUUUUGACUGCAAUAUGCUUUGAACUUUUGUGUUUUGUUCUUAUAACCGUUGUAAGUUUGCCUUAACCUAUCAUGUUAAAGAUUGAACUAAAGCACACAUGUCUUGAAAAGUUACCAAACUUUCUUGGUGUGUUUAUGGUUAACCUUGACAGGCUAUACAGUUGCAGUUAUGAGUGUCUGUUUGUGUGCCUAAUCAUGUGCUUGUGAUUUGAUUGGUGAACAUUUGUGCUAACUUCAGAUUGUGUGGAAAAUUUACUUAACGGUUCAAAUUCUAUUUCAUUCCUUCUGCAUCAAUGCAAAUGCAUAGAGAAUGCCUUCGAUGCCUUUUAUAAGGGAGAUACACUCAAAAUAUACUUCAUAUGCACAAGUGAGUUGACAAGUGAAUUUUAUUGCAGCCAAUGUUGAUUUUUACAUAAGUCACUUGUCUGUAGGCUUAUGACAGGUUUCUGUGGCGAGAAAGGUCCAUCACCGCAACGUGCUAUAAAUAUCAAACACGUUAUAUUUUAUUGCAGUCCCAGUGAUGAGUAAUAAGGCUUGUGGGCGAGUUAUCUUUUUUAUUGCUCAUUGCUGUGAUAAAUAUCGCCCAUCACUGUGGUGAAAGUCAUACGUCAAUAUUUUAAUUGAGAGAACGCCAGUAUAAGAACACCAGACAAUCAAAUACUUUAUUAUUACCUAGUAUAGUCACAUUGUAUACUUUAAGCCCGGAAAUAGCUGCUGCCAUUUUGAUAGUUCACAGAGAAAAUAAACGGCAUAUGAAGAGUUCUGGGUUUAUAGUGUCUAAGCGUAUCAGAGAUCACAUGUAUAUCUUUUAACAAUCACCCAGUCAGAAUAAACAACAGGGUGUCUGAGAACAAAGUUCUAUAAUGUUCGUAAAUUGAUUUGGGUAGCAUCUAACUCAGAUUUGGUACGCUCGCUGAUUAAAGCUUGUUAUUUAGGUUCAACUGAACGUGAAAGUUUUGAUAAUCUUAACCUGACUCGUCAAGAUCUUUUUCAAGACACCCUGUGGUAAGGUAGUCCACCAACCUCGUCCCCUUGGUACUUUUAUCCGUUCCGAUCCUUGGGGACUGGGUUGAUUCAUUGUAGUUACUAGUCUUGUCACCAGGUGGCAUUAUAUGUACAGUUCAUGAUCAAGUUUAACUUGAAAGUUUAAUUAGAGAAUUAGGUUGUUUCUUAGGUUGUUCUGGGUGGCUAAAAUAGCUUGUCUUGUUGUAUUUUUACCCCAAUUUUUGACAAAAAAUCCUUCAUACGAGUACUUACUUUGUUCCCAAAAGAGUCCUGUGAUUUGAAUUAAUACUUUCACCGCCAGCCUUUCACAACCCCCUCCCUAACCCUUUCUGCACCCCUGGAAAAAAAUAACUGUAUAAGGUGCAAUAGCUUUCCAAAUACCAGAAUCUGCCGAGAUAACAUUACUAUCCCCCUGGUAUCUUUUAAUCUUUUGGUUUAAAAGUGUAAAAAAAUUACCAAAAUCACCCCUUUUCAGGCAUCCCUUGACCUACCAAAUUCCUGAGGUCAGAAUGGCGUGGCAGUGGAUUGUAACAGAGAAAACAUUUCAGUUGUUUUUCAAGAGUGAAACUAAGAAAUGCUUGGCAAUAUUUUUUUUCGAAAUGUAUGUCUCUUCUUUGCCUUUGACCUAGUGGUGAGAAAAAAUGUAGCUAUUUUUUUGGUGUUGAAGGGCGACUUGUGGUGUACAGAUGUAAAGAUAUAUGUACCGGGAAUCAAAAUCUCAAAUAUUACAAAUAUUGUAGGAGAGCACUACAAUGCACAACAAUAUGCUUCAGUGCAGCUGUUGGCAAUUCAAACACUGUCAGCUGGAUUCAAAGUACAUGUACUUCAACUUCUACGGCCUUCAUAGCACCUUGACUUUCAAUCAAUCAGUCAAUCAAUCAAUCACGCAUUUCCAUGAUAACACCACUCUCAAAGCCACCUCUCCAAAGUAAUGAGCUUUGAUGUCAAGAGAAUUCAAAGUGCUUUGACUCUGUCAACAGAAUAUAUGAUCCGUUAUAAUCUGAUCUGAACAAAAUUGUCAUGAAGUAAUCUGCUCUAUAAGUGAAGUUCAGAGUCAAAGGUUGAAAAGCUUAGUGUUUUGAAGGAAAUUGUAAAUAAGUCACGCAGUUAUACCUUACACCAGACACAGUAGAAGGACACCUAAAUGAUUAUAUUUGAAGAAUAUUUUCACGGUCACUUCUGUAGGGGAAAUCUGCAGUGAUGGAUGUUAGAAUUGUACUCGUACUAGUACUUUCUACUACUAUAUACUGACCUCAUUCAACCCCUGCAUUGCCAUUGGGUGGGCUAUUAUCGGGUAUGUUCUCUGCCUACCUUACUCUUUGGGAUAAUACCCCCCCCCCCCUACAUAGGUUUGUUGAAAAUGUGAGCAGUACUUAGGUGUGUCUUCUUUACCUGUUUGACUGGGGGUCGAGUGAGUUAAGGAGGUCUAUUGGUAGGAGCCGUCAGGUCUGCUUGGUGGUGUCUAGGUGACUAAUAGGGGAACGGUCAGGAGAGAUCUGUUGAUAAAAAGAUGCCUGCUCAUAGCAGGAAUAGUUCUGCUGUACCAGAGAGACCUAUAGGUGACUUGCUGAACAUCAACCGAGCCCUGACGACACCUGCCCAUUGUCCCAUUUUUAGGUUCUUUUCUUUUUACUGCAAUACUUUCAAUUUAUUGUCAUAUAAUUGUGAAUCUAUCAAACAAGAGGUCUUACCAAAUCAUUUCAGAUUGGUAGCAUAUUUUCCUCAAAGGACAGUUUAGUUAUUGUUCAGCCCAUAGGUGGUAGCUCAGUCACUUUAGGUUUACACAAGGAGUGUUGAAUAAUUUAGUGUGCUAGGCUCAUAUGACCAGUGCUCUUUUUAUUUCCGACAAAAACACCCUGGAGAAUCAGGUCCCCAGAUUGCUGAGAAUCUUAUCUUGAUCUUGGGUAUUCAAAGAAGGCCUUCCCACUUAACGAGCAGGCUGCCCGGGAUAGCGCUGCUUGGGUCUUGGGGGAAUGAUUUUCCAGGGUGAAAAUUGUAUUGAAAAGACCAAAACAUUUUGAGAGGAAAACAGGUGUGUGCUUGGUUUUUAAAAAAUGGUGGGAAAUUUGGACAAAUUCAGAAUAUAAUGUCAAAAAUAUCCUCUUUUUAUGUGACCUGAAUUUGAACGAUCGGAACAUUUUACAAAAACUUCAGUUGGUGGGUGAACAACUUUUGCUGGGUGGUUCAAGUACGUUCUUAGCAAGGGCCCGGAGAAAUUAACCCAGAAAAGCUGAAAUGCACUUUCAAAAUUGACCAAUUUGCCCCUGUAUCUUUUGAAAUCCUGGCACUGCUAUGACAUUAAGCUAGUUACGUAAUAUUUCAGAGACAAGCUUUGAACAUGAUGGCAUUUUUAUCUUGAUGACAUUCUCAAAAAUGAGGCAGUUUACAGUAUCGAUUGGAAAUUUUGGAUGUAUAGUGAUUUUUCUUAGAAAUAUUUUUGGUCCUCUUCAGCUGGUUUUUUUAGUAAGAAUCGUCUUCAUGAAGCAAUUGCUAUCACCUGUCAAACGAGAGAAAAGAAGAUUUCUUCAGGUUCACUGUAUUGCACUAAGUAUGUUUUUAAUAAAGUAGUGCAUUUAUUAUCAA